AAAGUCAGCAUCACAGCCGCUCCUCCCAAUAGGAAGGGCGCAUCCCGGAUAGCUAGCUGGCUAGCUGGACUCUGCACAACGAUGGCAGUUAACCUCAGCAAAAAUGGCCCUGCAUUAACAGCCGCAUAUAAAGAAGUGGUAGAUGAAAAAUCCAACACCAACUGGGCCUUGUUCACCUAUGAGGGAAACAGUAAUGAUAUCCGUCUGGCAGAAAAAGGGGAUGGAGGACUGGAGGAGCUGGUUGAGGAACUCAACAGUGGAAAAGUUAUGUAUGCUUUCUGCCGGGUCGAGGAUCCAAACUCUGGCCUGCCUAAAUAUGUCCUCAUCAACUGGACUGGAGAAGGAGUCAAUGAUGCCAGGAAGGGACUGUGUGCAAAUCACGUCAGCUCCAUGGCCAAUUUUCUGAAGGGGGCCCAUGUCACAGUAAACGCCAGAGCAGAUGAGGAUGUGGAACCUGAGGCGAUCAUGCAAAAGGUGGCUAAAGCCUCAGGAGCCAACUACAGCUUCCACAAAGAAGUUUCCAGCCGCUUCCAGGACAGCGGUCCUCAGGGUCCUGUGGGCUCAGUGUACCAGAAAACCAACGCUAUGUCAGAAAUCAGGAAGACCAACAAAGACACCUUUUGGGCACAGGCAGAGAAAGAAGAAGAGAAGCGUCGGCAGGAGGAGCGGCGUAAGGCAGAUGAGGAGCGCCAGAAGUUGGAAAGAGAGAGGAAAGACAGAGAGGCUAAGGAGGCAGCACUGAGGGAUAAAAGGGACAAGGAGAGGGCCUCUCAAAUCGACCAACAAAAGAAGUACCAGCAGCAGCAGGAAGCUGUGAGUAAAGAGCAGGAGAAACAACGCUGGGAGGAGGAGCAGGAGAACCAGGCAGCCCAGAGGAAAGCAGUCAGGAGAGGUGAUUCUGUGGAGAAGGCCAACGAAGCUGCCUCUCUCAUCUCUCAGCGUGCCGUGAACCCCAGAGAGAUGUUCAAGCAAAGAGAGAGGGGAAUCACCCCCAGUGACUCAGAUGUGCCCCCCGCUGCCCCUGCUAGCCCUCAGCCAGGGCGUCUUCAAAGCCCUUUUCUGUCAAAGCAAGUGUAUGAAUCUGAGCGAGCCAGCUCACCUCAACGCCAAGCUUCUCCUGUGCCAGCAGGCUCUGCCUCUCCUGUUCGUGCCACAGAGCCUGAUGUGGAUGAUGGACAGUCCAGGUGUGAGUAUGAUGAGCCGGAGGCAGCCCCCGAGGAGCAGAGCAGAGAGGAAGCGCCGGCUGCCAACUCGUAUGUCCAAGAGCCAGCUUAUGAAGAGCCCGCUCAGGUGGAAGAGAGCAACACCUAUGAGGUGCCUGCUGAUGAGACAUCAGACAGAGGCAUCUGUGCCAGAGCCUUAUAUGACUACCAGGCUGCUGACGACACUGAGAUCUCCUUCGAUCCCGACGACAUCAUCACCGGGAUCGAGAUGAUAGACGAGGGCUGGUGGCGAGGCUAUGGGCCAGACGGCCAUUUUGGAAUGUUCCCAGCCAAUUACGUGGAGCUCAUGUAGCCCGGCACACACUCCCCACCUCUCCCCCGCAGAUCACCACAGUGGCAGACCCAGAGGACCUCUGCAGUACAACAACACAGCAAAGUCAGUCCUCACACAAGACAUCAGGCUGAAAUGGAGCAAAUCAGCUUCCACAUUGUGGACCAAUGAACAUAAAGGGUAACAGGGGGCCAGAAGCUUUUAAAACCUUUUCACAUUUAAAGAGAACAAUUCCAUUAAAUUGUCAAUGUUGUGAGCAGCUGAUGGUAUAGUUUAGGGAUUUGUGGAGACCUACAGGCCGACCAAAACUUCCCUAUCCUCCCAAAAAUAUACGUCUCUUUACCUGUAAAUGUGAUGCAGUACAGUAUCAGCCUUUGUUAAGUCUUAAAUUCAAUGGUGAGCAUUAUUAGCACUUCUAGUUCACAUUCCUGACAAAGUGGCUUCAGUUCUAUUUCAGGUAUAAUUUAGUUGUUACUUGUAGCAGUUGCUCCUGUUCAUUUCAGGAAAAAAAUAAUCAAAGAUGGUGGUACCAGCUACAGCAUAAUCUUUUGCCUUGUUUUUGCCUUUCUUUACCGGCAGACUGAUCUAUCCUUUUUUUUAUGUGAUUGAACUUCGAUCCUGUGUGAAUUUCAAACCUGUACUGAUCUGACUGUGGUUGAAGUGAAUAUUUAAAAAGAAAAAAACUGAUGAUUUUUGCUGUGCUCUGGAUGCUUGACUUCAAUAGAGAAUACACACAAUGGUUAAAUCCCUUUUAACUGUGAGUAAAUAACAGUUUGUUUUCAUUUCACGUCCUUCCUCAUUUGAACCACAUCAUUUCAACAUAUUUAACUUUUCAGGGAAGUCAGCAUUUUUUUUCCGUUUUAUUUAGAUCUCGCUGGACUGAGGUUGAGUUUGAGUGCAAAACAUAUCUCUGACAAGUAAUAUGUCACAUUUCGGUGCCAUAACGAGGCAGGGCGAAUGCAGUGGUACUAUGAAAAAGCGAUUGGUGACAUUUUGGUGAAAUGUUUGAAGAGCUCGACGGCAGAAUUUAUGCAAGUUUAGUGUUAUAAUCACGGAACAAAAUCCUCGCUCUUUUGAAGCUUCGAGGUCAGUUGACAAAUUGAUCGUGAACAGGAAAGGGCAUUAUGUAUCCAUUGCGUUAUUCAUGUUUGUUUUUCCAGAGGCUAUUGUAAUGCACAGACGUUCUUCAUAAUAAAAUAAAUAAACAAGUAAA